AUGAAGUCCUGGCUGCAGCUGCUUAUAUCUCUGCUAAUUUUAAUGCUUCAUGAAGCUCAAGGCUUACGUUUGACAAGAGAAUUUGUAUCGGCUAGAUAUCAUCAUAAUAUUCCUCAGAAAAGUAUUCCAGACAGAAGAAUUAAUGAUGUUGAAGAGGUUUUUCAUUGCAAAAUUAAUCACUGUUCAGGAAGGAAUUAUAGAAAACUUAUGACCAAGAAAAGUACCCAUAUAUCCAGCACUGGCGCCACGAUUAAGAAUGACAAGACUGAAGGAAAUAAAGAUCAUACCAAAUCAGAGGGCAAAUCAAGAAGUGAAAAAGUUAGUUGGACAGAAGAAAAUCUCCCUACCAAUUCAUCACCAGUAACUGAAAAACAGCAGCCUGUGGCAGAGCCCUAUCCAGACAUUGUGGACAUAGCUGGAAUGGAUUAUUCUCAAGCAAGAAGAAAACCUCCUAUACACAAUUAG